UAAAAAGACUCAAAAAAGACAUUGCGAACCCCGAACUACUAUUUGUAGACCUUCGCGAACUAACUUCGAGAGCUAUCACUUUCAGGCCAGUAAAGUAGCCAGUGACUUCUUCUCCAGCCUCUUUCAAGUCUUUACGUAGUGAAAAGACACAUGGCUAGACUUGUAUUGUAGUUCUGUAUUCACUAUUCUGUGAGUCGGCCAAUACAUCAUGAAGUCCCGGUUUACUGCUUUAGAUGUUCGAGCUGUUGUAGCUGAACUUCAGGAGUUGACUCUACUCGGCUUGAGAGUUGUCAAUGUGUAUGAUGUGGACAACAAGACAUACCUCAUUCGCUUAGCAAAGCCCGAUCUGAAGAAGAUGUUGCUUUUUGAAUCCGGCAUACGCAUUCAUAGCACCGACUUUGAGUGGCCCAAACCCAACAUGCCGUCGCAGUUCUCAUUGAAAUGUCGCAAGCAUCUGAAGUCACGCCGUCUCGUUAGUGUGCGGCAGCUCGGCGGGGAUCGUAUCAUUGAUCUACAGUUUGGCACUGAUGAGGCAGCCUAUCACCUCAUUGUUGAGCUCUACGAUAGAGGAAAUGUUGUCUUGACGGACCACCAGUACACCAUUCUCAACUUGCUGCGCCGACGUAAGGACAAGGACAAUGAGGAUGUGCGCUUUGCCGUGCGAGAAUCCUACCCGCUGUCCAACGCCAGAGAGGCCGAGCCAGUCACAAGAGAGGGGAUCUUGAGUAUUGUGCAGGGAGCACAGGCUGGUGAUACACUGCGCAAGAUUCUCAGUCCACAUUAUGUGUUCGGGCCACAACUCAUGGACCAUUGCCUCCGGAUGGUCGGUCAUACUCUGUCCACAAAGAUCACGGCUGAAAUGACCUUCUUGGCAGAGGAGCACCAAGUGCAGCUCUUCACUGCUAUGAGUGCCGCCGAGAAACUCAUGCAAGACGUCGGCUCUCAGCCCCAGGGUUUCAUCAUUCAGAAAGAGAGGAAGAAGCCGCAGAUAGCUGGUGGCAAGGCAGCAGCCAAGGACACUGCUGAAGAUUCUGGUUCUGCUGCUGCUGCUGCUGCUGCUGCUGCUGCUGAUAUUCACGUGACGUAUGAUGAAUUCCAUCCUAUACUAUUUUCACAGCAUAGUGAACAGCCCCACAGGCAGUUUCAAACUUUGAAUCAGGCAUGUGAUGAAUACUUCUCCAAACAGGAGGAACAAAAGAUUGACGUGAAGCAACUGAAUCAGGAGAAGCAGGCUGUCAAGAAGUUGGACAAUGUCCGCAAGGACAUUCAGCAGCGUGUCGAUACCUUACAACGUGGCGAGGAGGAGAGUGAAGAGAAAGCUGGCUUGAUUGAGAUGAAUGUUGACUUGGUUGAGCGUGCUCUGUUGGUACUCAACAGUGCGAUUGCCAGUGCUGCCGACUGGGCCGACAUAGCUGUAAUGAUACGAGAGGCUAAGCAGCAGGGUGACCCUGUGGCCAGUACCAUCACUGAUCUGCGCUUUGAGAGGAAUGCCUUCGUCAUGUCCCUGCGGAAUCCCUUUGAGGAGCUCUCGGGCGACGAAGAUGAUGACGAUACGGAUUUGUCUGAGGGGGAGCGAGUUGCUAAGGCGAAGGCACGAGCGAAAGCUUUGCGCAAGCAGUGCAAGAAGGUGGAGAUUGAUCUGUCGCUCACAGCGUAUGCCAACGCCAAACGUUACUACGAUAGCCGUCGCUACAAUGCACAGAAGAAGGAGAAAACUCUUGGCUCGUCGUCGAAGGCGUUGAAGUCAGCCGAGAAGAAGACACGGCAGAUUGUCAAGGACUCUGCCACGAUUAUCAACAUCCGCAAGUCACGGAAGUUCUACUGGUUUGAGAAGUUCCUGUUCUUCUUCUCGUCGGAGAAUUUCAUGGUUAUCGGCGGACGCGACCAGCAACAGAACGAGAUCAUUGUCCGCCGAUAUCUAAAGCCAGGUGAUGUUUACGUGCAUGCUGACUUGCACGGUGCCACCAGCUGCGUCAUCAAGAAUCACACUGGUGCUCCAAUCCCACCCAAGACCCUAAACGAAGCUGGAGUGUUUGCACUGUGUCACAGCUCAGCCUGGCAGGCCAAGAUAGUGACCAGCGCUUGGUGGGUCUAUCAUCAUCAGGUAUCUAAAACUGCACCGACUGGGGAGUAUCUUACAACUGGCAGUUUCAUGAUUAGAGGGAAGAAGAACUUCUUGCCACCCACCCAAUUGGUGAUGGGAUUUGGCUUCAUGUUCAAGGUUGAUGAGUCAUCACUUACUAACCAUCUUGAUGAACGGCGCUGUAAUCCGGAGACUGCUGCCGCCGCUGAGGCUUCUGUGCAUACCGCCACCACUACUGACAAUCCUAGUGCCAGUGCCAGUGGAGCUAUGAGUAACACGGUCGAGACGGCUACUGUUGCUGAAUCUACAGCGGGGGCCGGAGACAUCGAAGGAGCGCCACUCUUCCCGGAUACGGUCGUGGAUGUGAGACAUACUGGUCAAGCGAACAAGUACCAGUACCAGAUAUCUGUUAGUAGUACUGCGAGUGAGAAUGUAGCGGCAGGUCGUGAUGAGGAUGAAGACAUUGUAUAUCUUGGCGACAACGAGCCCGUCCGCUUGUCAGCCAUAGCAUCUCGAAAGGAAGCAGCACCCCCUCCGUCAACUACAAAGGCAAAAAAUCAGAAGGGCAAGGGGAAGUCCCAAGCGCCUGACGGAAGACAGUCACAAACGACACCUGACAUUGCUGCCGCACCGGCCACAACUACGGGACCUAAGCGAGGAAAGAAGGCAAAGUUACGCAAAGCACAAGAGCGCUACGCUGACCAGGAUGAGGAGGAAAAGGAAAUGCGCAUGAAGCUGCUUCAGUCUGCUGGACCAUCGAAUCCUGGCAAGAAAGAGAAGGGCAAGAGGGGGAAAGCGCGCCGAAAUCAAAAGAGCGGUGCAGACGCAAGAGACGACGAGGGAAGCCGUGGCUCUCGCGGCCAGCAAGCGCCCAGCCUCGGCGAGUUGCUGGGCCAUCACAAGAAAGCGCAGGCAGCCAAACAGGCUCAGGCUGCUCUAGAGGAGAGCGACGAAGAGAUGGCGGACCUGAGCUCUGAUGAGUUGCGGAGCAUCUCGCCUGGUCCGAUUCGUGAUGAUUCCGAGGAUGACUUGGAGAAGUCAACUGAGGAUGUUGCAGCUGGUGUAGACCAGCUAGCAGUCGAAGGCGACGAUGAAGAUGCGGCAAGUGUGAAUAGUCAAGACGAACAAGAGCAGGGUGAAGAAGAUGAGAAAGAGGAGGAAAAGGAAGAGGAGAAUCGGGCGUCUGGUGAUGAGGCAGGUGAGGAUGACACCACGCUGCCUUCCGGUGAGCAGGACUCUCUCUUCUACAGCAGCUUCACCGGGUGUCCACGAGAGGACGACAUCUUGCUGUUUGCCAUGCCCGUCGUAGCACCGUAUGCAUCAUUACAAAACUUCAAGUACAAAGUGAAGAUAACGCCGGGCAAUGAGAAACGUGGCCGAGCUGCCAAACAUGGCUUAGAUAUAUUCCUUCAUGCACACGACAUCCUUCCACGGGAGAAAGACUUGCUACGUGUCGUCAAGGAUAACGACAUGUCGCGUGCUUUCCCUGGACCCGUGCAAAUUGCUGGCCCACAGUUGACGUCUCGCAAGGGUAGAAGACGCUAGCAGAUGAAGAGCUCUUCGAUCGCGUGGAUAGUAUCUCUGCUGACGUUGGUCCGGCGAAUCUACCGGUACCUGAACUCCAGUGUCGCGAUAUGUAUUCUUCAACAUAGAGAAGAAGUGACGUCACUCUGAGAAUCACUCAACAGCAACUCAUUGCGUAGACAAGUGGGUAGCUGUCAUGUUGACCUUGAUCCAUUUUCAGGAUAUUCCCACUUCUUGUUUUGAAUUUCAUAGCCCAACGAUUAUAAAUCCUUCCUAAAAAUUCGGUUGCAGCUCGACUUACUUUCAAAUUUUACUUUGAACAGAUGUCAUUUCAUAUGCCUUCACACUAUCAUGAGACCCAUGAAACUAGACUUUCCACUUUUCAUAUCGGCAUAAUUAUACUUGUAGGAAAGACAUGCGCACCAAUUGUGUAGAGAAAUCACGAGAAAACUACCUGCAAUUUCAAUGUACACACGAAACACAUUCAGAUCAUGAGCUGCUGCUGCUAUUCUUGGCCAGGCUACACCGCUGCCACCGCUAUGAUGCCUGUGACAUUUUUUCAUCAUGAUAUUUAUUUUACCAAUUUUCUACAAAUCAAUAGGCAACGUGGAGACGAGA